UCAAAAGAAAAAUAAUUAGUAUUUAAUUACAUGAAAAGAAACAUAAUUAAAUUAUGGUUUAAUCAUGACUACACAUAAUCCGCAAGGCUAUUAUUGUCAAUCUAUUUCGUAUUCUCUCUUUUAGGAGUUCUAAAGCAGACCAAGCUAGCCAAACAGUUUUGAUCUGCUCUCCGGCUCCCACAGGAGUAGCUCUCACUGGAGUUGGAGUUUGGAGCUAGGAUCUGGAGUUUAGAGCCCUACCAAACGGGCCCUAAUUUGUACGUAUAUAGUGAGAUGGAUUGAUCUGGUCGCCUUCUACCCUGCAAACAUGAGAGCUGAGCGAACUGGCCAACUAGGACCACCCCGUCCCUAGCAGUGGCGCUUCUUCUCCCUGGAAUGCCACAUCCAGGAUAGCGGCGCUCCGGCGUGAUCCCUCCCAAGCGUUUCUCCCCAGUCUCCAUGGUGGUGACAUCCAAAGCCGCUGCCACUGUCACGCUGAUGCCACUGUUGAUCCACCUUUGGGGUGCCUCCGACUUUGCUUCCGUGUCUGCUACCCAUGCCAAGCUCCUCAAGCUUGGGGCGGACACCACCAUCACCUCCAACCACCUUGUGGCGUACUGUCGCUGCGGUUCCAUCGCCCCCGCGCGCCAACUGUUCGAUAGAAUGCUUGAUCGGAACGUCGUCUCCUGGACGGCCCUCAUGUCUGGGUACACCAGCGCCGUCCUUCGUGCCAUGGUGCUCAAGGGCGUGGCCCCAAACGCCUUCACCUUCUCGAUAGCGGCUAGCGAUUGCGCGCACCUCGCUGACGCUAGCCUCGGGCGGCAGGUGCAUGCCUGCGCUGAGGUUGCGGGCUAUGCGUGUGACAACGUCGUCGCCACUACGCUCGUCGACAUGUACAGCAAGGUCACCAGCGUCCGGGACGCCCGCACCAUGUUCGACGCGAUGCCCACAACAGCAAAAAACAUAGUGUCCUGGGCCUCCAUGCUGUCUGUGUAUGCACAGAACGCGCUCGGGCACGACGCCAUCCAGCUCUUCGCCGAGUUUAGAACCAAUGGCGAAGAUAUGGCACCCAACCACUUCCUUCUGUCAAGCGUCGUGAGCGCGUGCGCGGGCGUCGGGCGGCUUGGCAUUGGCAAGUGUGUUCACGGCAUGGUCCUCCGCCAUGGGCAUGAAGACAAUGACGUGGUUGUAGUGGCUCUGGUUGAUAUGUACUCCAAAUGUGGCUGCUACGAGUACUCAAAGAAGGCGUUUGAUAAGAUCAAGCAGUCGUCGGUCAUCCCCUACACCUCCAUCAUCGUGGCGACUGCGAAAUACGGCCUCGGCAGAUGUGCCCUCGCUUUGUUUAGUGACAUGGUUGAUCGAGGUGUGCAGCCAAACAGUGUCACAUUGCUCGGCGUCUUGCACGCUUGCAGCCACUCAGGUCUAAUUGAAACAGGCCUCCAUCUCCUCCGCUCAAUGCGGAGCAAGUACGGCAUUGAUCCAUGUGCCAGCCACUACACUUGUGUUGUAGACAUGCUUGGUCGUGCAGGUCGUCUCGAGGAGGCAUUCGAGCUGGCCAACGAAAUGCGGGUUGAUGGCAAUGAUGCCCUCAUGCUAUGUUCACUGUUGUCAUCUUGUCGUAACCACAAGCGCCUAGACCUAGCAACCAGGGCUGGCAAGAAGGUAUUAGAAUUCAGCCAAGAUGUAGCCGGUGCACUAGUGGUCAUGUCGAACGCAUAUGCUUCAGCUGGACAAGCUGACAACGCUGCUGCAAUAUGGUCAAACAUGAGGCAACGUGGCAUUUGGAAGGAUCCUGGGUGUAGCUGGAUCGAGAUAAAGGACAUCCCAUAUGUGUUCUACGCCGGCUUGGCAUCAGCUGCCGGUGCAAGGGCUAGCGAGGUGAUGUUGUUGCUAGAUGAGUUGGAGACCAAGAUGAGGGAGAAGGGAUACAAGGGGAGAAUAGGCGGUGCUAAGGUCCUUGACGCUGAUGAAGAAGAGGAUGGAGAUUAUCAUGAUGAAUGCAAAGGUGUGAUGGUUGGAGUGCAUAGUGAGAUGCUGGCGCUAGGGCUUGGCUUGCUAGUGAUCCCCAAGGGGAUGGUCAUUAGGAUGAUGAAGAACCUGAGGAUGUGUUGUGGCUGCCAUGAGGCGUUCAAGCUCAUUAGUGGCAUUAUGGAGAGGGAGUUUGUGGUGAGGGAUCUCAAUAGGUUCCACCAUUUCAAGAUGGGGUCAUGUUCUUGCAACGACUACUGGUGAUUCAAUCCAAGUCUACAAUCAUUUGGUAAUUCAGUACUGCUCGAUGAGUGAGUAAUAGGUGGGCCCAACUUGCAUCGACUG